ACCACCACCAUCACGUCAGGUCGCUAGGCUUAGUCCUUUUAUCUCGGAGAUACCUGAAGCACACAAGGUAUCCUUGCUCGCAUCAUUGCGCAAAAGGUCUGGCACCACCGGCUAGCAAGGAAGGACUUCGCACGCAGCCCAUCCCAGGGCACCUCCGGUUCAGAGCGGAGGGUCGCGCACUUUAUCUGGUGCCAUUGGCAGUGUUCAGGGUCCUUUGAGGCAGCCUUAGAACCGGCUGGAGCUGAUAGUAUGGCGGAGCAGACCAAGUCUGACGCAGCCUCGCUGCUCCCCACAGCGGAGCAAACGGCGCAGCUUGCUUCGUCAAAAGGAGAAAGCACGCCUUCAGGUCCACGUCUCUUACCUUCGGGCUUCUACGCGUUCUCGCCUCAGAACGAUGACGAACCAACAUCAGUCACCACUUCUCUGAGGCCUCUUACAUCCGCAGUCCUAACCAUCAGGAUCAUCAAGUCAUUUCCUUUCAGGGCAAGUAGAAAUUUGGUGCUUGAUAACUUGGAUCUUACGACUUUGAAUGUAAAGCGGUUGAAAGAGAUUGUCAAGGUCGAGAUCGGCAAGAGGGUGGACAUGAAGACGGUCAGAAGUGCAGCGGGAAAGCUUGACACCAUGAAGGUCUACACACAUGCGCACUUCACCAAGACGUCCAACCUCAUCAUCAACUUAGACAGACCAGAGUGGGUGCUGGAUGGCGACAAAGAGGAAGUGCCUCUCGCCGAUUUAGGCUGCCAAAACGAGACGGAACUCUCCCUCUUCAAUCGACAAGAAUAUGAGGAAUUUCUUAAAGAUCCAAAGACCGAAUGGUAAUGCGGAUCGGGAAUGCAACCCCGCUCGAUCUGCCCUCGGAAUGGUGGCAAAGUGUCGUCCGCCGAGGAGACUCUCCGCCCACGAGCGCCACUGCCGUUUGAAGCGAGUGAUUUGCCACCCUAUGCGUGAUCACCUCUACAUCAUAUUUCCACGUCACCUGCAAGCAAACCUGACUUCUUCACGACAUCAAGCCACGAGGGCAAAUUUCAAUAGUCACCUGCUUUUCUUGCUCUUCUCUGCCGGAUUUCUACCGGAUUGCAUGAGUUCUCUCGAAGAGCGAGCGGCUACGAGGCAUGUGAAUUCAGUCUUUUCUUCCGCCAAUGGCACGUGCCGCGCCGCCGCCGCCUCCCGCAACGCUGCGUCGCUCUCGAGAUCUAUAUACAUG